AUGAUGGGGAGCAGCUUUGCGUUGCCCUUCUUGGAAGGCAGCAGUGGAGCCUCUGGCCUAGCACGGCCAACUGCUGGACGAGUAGCGAGCGCAGUCGGAUCUGAGCCCAGCCACGCUUCAGCCUCUAGCUUCUCUAGGCCACCCUGGUGCGACUCCAAGGUGGGUGCUCUGGUGUUGGCGACAGCUGCUGCCCAGUGGACUGCACAGCGCCGUCGCGCGCAGAAGGCCCGCUUCAGCGCACCGCCGCUGCGUUCUCGCGUGGUCCGCCAGGCGGAGGCGGCCUUGGUUGGCCAACCAGGUCAGCAAAUCGUCUUCUUCGGUGGGAAGGGCGGUGUAGGCAAAACCUCCUCUUCUUCAUCUUUUGCUGCAGCAUCUGCAGCAGAGGGAAAGAAGGUGUUGAUCAUCUCCACGGAUCCCGCACAUUCACUCGGCGAUGCCUUGGCCGAGCAGUUGAAUGGGAGGCCCAGACAAGUGGCGGACAACCUCUUCGCUAUGGAGGUCGAUCCGGAGGAGGCGCUUGAGGAGCUGAGGGAAAGCCUCAAGGUGGGGAAGGAACACAGAACUGGCUUGAGAGGCUUUCUCAGAUCUCCCCUACUCCUAGUGCAACGAGAAUCCCACAAGAAAAUUCACUUUGACCUGCCACAUUUUUUCACUCAGAUGUUGGAUGCCAAAGCAUUGCCCCAGCCUUAG